AUGCCCACCGCGUCUGCGCUCUCCAUCUACGCCUUCGCCGCUACAUCCUUCAUCUUCGGGGCCUCAAACCUCCUCUGGCCACUUGCGGCGCUGGAGUCGUUCGGUCUUCCAGCUGCAGCCCUUCCGCCGGUGCAGGGAAACGGAUUGGCGGCCGUGGCCAUGGGGAUAUACUACUCUCUGGCAGCCUACCAGCGCAACCGAGCCUUCAUGGUGCUUACAGUGCCGAUGCGUCUGCUUACGGCGUCCGUCUUCUGGGGGUACGGGGGAGUCUGGAGGCUCGGGGCCUGGUGGGAAGGGGGUGGUGCGGUGCUGACGGCGGCAGCAUUGCUGUGGGAGAGAAGCUACAUAUAA